AAUCCUCGUGGGAUAAGCCUCUGCCUGUGGUAGUUGGAUAAAUAUAUCCCAUGUAGUUGCAAAUCAAUCUCUCUCUUUUUCAGAUUUAGUAAUUCAUGAUACAAGUCCAACAUUGAUUUACUUACAGAUAAGUCGGCUGGUGAUUCAGAGAAAAGGAUACGGUCCACAUCUUGCAAGGAAAAAGUAAAAUCACGGCUGGUGUCCACCUCAAAUGAACAUUGUGUCGCUGGGUCUUCCAUGGCUGGUGGCAGAUUAGGGAAUGACAUUGUAUGUCAUGUUGCAUGUGUGUGCGAAGCAAGCCUUGAAACACAUCUUGAAGGAGAAGACCAUAAAAUGAUGGAAGUAUGCGAUGCUGACAAAAGUUCUUUGGAUAAGUAUACGAGCCUUGAAGAUUAUGUUUUAAGUCUAAAAAGGAAAGAACCAUUAAUUGGUUUGCAGUAUAUUGUACAAAUAAAUUCAGAUGUAAGUUCCCAGACAGCUUUUCAGUGUAAUCUUUGUCUUAAAAAAGGACCAUUAUAUUGCAUAAUACAACAUCUCAAAAGCUUCAAACACAGAUUGAACUAUAUUCGAAAAAAGUAUAUGCACAUCCUGCCUUUGUAUGGAAAAAAUACUCCAUUUUAUGAACAAGAAUUAAUCUUGAGAGAACGGGCAAAGGAAAUUGAGCAAAGCGAAGGGUCAGAUAAAAUGAAGAUUAGCUUCACGACCAUAACCACUGGAGUUUACAAAGAUGAUUUUUGGAAAUUCAAUCUGAUAAGACAUCAAAAGAUAAGUGCUUUGAACGAAAACAUUUUGAAUUUAGCUGACCAACAAGAGGCCAUCUUAAAAUAUGUGGAUUCAUUCACAAUUACAUCCCAAGAAGAAGCAAAUAUGGUGCAGGAUCUAACUGACAAUCUGGAAGCUGCAGUGCAAGUGUUUAAUCAGUAUACUAAACAGAGCAGGACAGAAACAUCCGAUUCAUACAAAAAGGGCAAAAAGCGUGAAUCCAAGGAUAGAGAAUACUCGGAAAAGAAAGGUCAUAAAAGCAGAAAAAUGAAAUCUUUGUGGAAUGAAAAUCAAACAUACUCUGCUGCUAUUGCUUCCUGCUCAGAUGAGGUAAUCCAUCCAGACACAGAUGAAAAUUCAGCCUCAGGAGAGGAAUUCAAAGAAAGAUCAAAAGCAAGGAGAUUGUCUUUGGAUAUUUUGUCUUCCUUCACUUUGUUUUCCGAAGCAGCAUCUGAAUUUAAAAGUCAAAACAGAAAAGCAAUACAGGAUAAACAACAGGUAUCCCCAUGCACAUCUGUCUCUGUCAGCGAAGAGAUAGAAGAAUCUUCAUUUGAUACAGAAGUACCAGAAGCAGAUGAUGAGAAUAAAAAUAUUAAGACUUCAGAACAGAUUCAAUCAAGACCUGCCUGGGUCUGCAGGACCAAAAGUACUGGCUACAGAAAUACUAAAUUGGAAUCACUGUUCGCAAAAGAUGCAUCUUCCGAGACAACAUCAACUCCAUUCAAAUGGGGUUCAACUUUUACAUCUUCAUCUGCUAGCGCAAAUAUAAAUUCUGCAGAUGAAAAGUCAAAAAGGAGAAACUCUACAGAUCUUCUAUCAUCCUUUACCUUGUUUAAUCGGGGCAGCACUGACCAAACACUUACCAGUGAUCCGCUAUCUACAUAUUUUUCCUUUACAGGGAAGAUUCUGAAAACAUUUCCAAGUCAAUUUUCAGAUGAUAACUCUAACAACUCACAUAAAGGCAAAGAUAAUUGUGAAGAAAAAGACCUGGAUGCACAUGAAAUAGAUUUUUGUGCAGUUGAUUCCUCUUGUUCCAUCAGUUGCGAUAUGGAUGCAGAUGUAACUCCAGUUAAAGAUAAAAUGUGUAUUUUGGCAACCCAUAAUAAUGUAAGCCAUCCUCUGGGUUAUAUAGAGAAGACAAAAGAGACUAACCAAAUCAAAGCUGUGCAGUGUGCAGAUUUCCAGUUAGAUACAGAUGAGCAGACAAAGAAAGAUGAGGAAUUGUGUAAAAAAUCUUGUACACGAUAUCCAGAUAUUCAGGAUUCCACUACCAGCACACCACAGGCAAACAGUGCUCACACAGAAAGCACACCACUUACUCCAGAGCUGCUUCAGCUUCUUAAAGGCAAAGAUGUGAAUCUCAUUAUUGAAACACUGAAAACCAUUUCUCCUUUUUAUCCUGCUCUACAAAAGGUCAAUCUUGAAGAGUUGGCAAAAGUUAUAAGUGAAACUGGAGCAUUAGAGUGAUGCAUUCUGCAAGAAAAAUGAAUUCGACACAAUGCAGUUCUUAAACAGUACCAUUUAUAACAGAGCCACAGUACUACUCUGGGUGUCAGAAGUCUGACCAUGUCUUCAACAAUAGAAUUUUCUUUCUUCCUGCAAGAUGUUUGGUGCCACAGAAUAUGGCAGUAAACCUUUCGAAACCUACCUUUACAAAAUGGCAACAAGUUUCAGCAUUGGCUUGUUUGUCAGAUAAUGGUGGCUUUAUAGUGCCCAAGAUAACCUGCAAUUUGUACAUAUUGAGCCACAACAUAAGCCCUGUUUUAAAGCUUCUUGUCUAUCCAUGCAACUGUAGAAACAUGAGGGCAAAUAACACAUUAUCAGAAAACCAUGUUGCUGCCUUGGAGACAAAACUCUGCAUUGCACUUAGCUACUGAGUUAUGUGUGUAAGUGCUGACUAGGUUGAGUCCUAAUGUACUGUGCUCAAUGUUUGGAAUAUACUUGGCCUGGUGUUGAACUAGACCAAUAAUGCAGUUGUGGAAAUAAAGCAAUUCAUUUUUUUUUAUAUUCAAAUAAAAACACAAGCUUGUAAAAAUACUGAAUCUCUACAAUGCAGCACACAGAACAUCUAAAUUGUGAUGUUUCAUGUCUGAAAUCAAACCCAUCUGAGAUGGUGAUAAUGCUUCAUGAGAUUCUCUCAGUCAAGGCUGUUUAACAUUGUACACUGGCAAUCUAAAAUUGUUUUUGUCGAGUGUGAGAUAACACUUUGAAGAUCUAAUAAAUAUCUCACAAACA